GAGGCCCCGCUCCCCUGACCGGCAUUUGUUCCCCGAGCAGGUCUCGGUGCUGUAUUUCGCCAGGAGCGCCGAGCUGGCGGGGCUGCGCUGCGAGACCCUCUCGGUGCCGCGGCAGAUCACCUCUGCGCAGCUCUGGGAGGAGAUCGUCAAGGUUCACCCAAGGCUUGCUGUCAUCCGGGAUCAAGUGGUUUUUGCUGUUCGGCAGGAGUACGUGCUUCUUGGAGAUCAGCUCCUGGUGCUGCAGCCCGGAGACGAGGUUGCCAUCAUUCCGCCAAUUAGUGGAGGCUGA